AUGCUGUAUGCGCGUGAGAAAGGAAGGAAACUGCCAGAAGGAAAUGCGUACCUCUCUUGCCAUUACGUCAUAGCCCUGCAGAGAGAGAGAAAGAGCGAAGAAUGCACAAUACCUUCCGUUAUAUGGCAAUUAAAGUACGGCCGCCCCCGGCCGGCCGCCCCUGCCACCAGGACAGACAGUGGAAGAGAGAGGGCGAUUGAACGGCGAGGAGCGACGAGCAGGGGCUGCGGCGACGUACGUACGUCCGUCGACGUGGACGUACCUGGCCUGACGACCGUGCCGUGCGUACGUGCGAUUAACACAGGCGUGUGUCUAAGAUUUCACUGGCGCAUACGAUAGGGGCCCCCGUGAAUUGUAACACUGGCUUCCUUCCAGCAAUUACUGCGGCGACUCCUAGUUUUAGAUCGAUUCUCCUAUGGUACGUACCGCCGUACGCCGCGAGGGGUCGGAAGGGCCGCUCUGCACGUACCUCUCCUGUCAUCUGCCCUCUCACCGCCAACCCCGUCACCGCCUGAAAUCCUAGGAAACCUCGCCCCGCGAACGCCACGUCGACCAGUUAUAAGUACCACAUUUAUAUAUAUUUUAUAAUCAAACGUAACACAUCAAACAAAUAUGGCAGCGAAGAAUUUACAUGACAAAAAGUGCGAUUUCAAUCAAAAUUUGAUCGAACCGUCUCAUUCGUUCAAACAGUUAUGCAACACGAUAAAUGAAUUGGAAAAAAAUAGCCGUAUUGAAAUCGCAGAAUGUAAUCGAAUGGAUUUACUGGCUGUCGACGUAAAAUAUGAUGGCAAUCUAGACUCGGUAAUGUACAAGUAUUCGGAACAAAUCGAACCGGAGAAAGACGUUACUACAAACAAAUAUGGGUCAAUCGCAACAACUUACGAAGAUAUAAUGUCCUUCCUGGGAACGCUAGAUAAUGAAGAUACACUAAAGAACGACAUCACUGCCAAUAAUGUAACGACUAUAAUCUCGUCCUGCGAAAAUCCUAGGUACGAUGUGCAGAAUUUUGGUUCGAUUCAACGGGAUGAUUUAGAGACUGCGAAAUUACAAAUCGAAGAAAGAAAUGCGACGAUAGAGUGUUUGAAAGAGCAACUAAAAUCUGAGCGCAAGGCGGCGUGUGACAAAAUGGCAUCGCAAAAACGCCAUCACAUUAUAAAGACAAAGGAGUUAGAAAAUAAGUACAGAACGAUCGUGAAACGCCAUCAGAAGUUUAUUGAACAGCUACUCACUGAGAAGACAGAUCUUAUGCAGAAAUGUGACUCUUUAGCGCAACAAAUUAAAGAGAUGGAACAAAAGAUCCAGCGAGAUCUGAAAGUAAUUACCGAGAGGCACGUCGUUGAAUUGCAACGCGCGAAGGAACACGUAGUAGCAUCCGAGAAAAUUCGGCGCGAAAGAUGGUUGGAGAUGAAGACAUCGAAAAUCAAGGAAAUGACAGUAAAAGGGCUGGAACCAGAAUUGCACAAUAUGAUGGAGCAACAUCAACAAGAGAUACAAGAGUUGAGACGCGUACAUAUAAAGGAGUUACAAGACACGGAAUUGCGCGCGAUGCGUAGGUCGAAUCAACAGCUGGAACAGUUGCGAAUUGAGUUGACGGACAACCACGAGAAAAUGUUGGCUAAAGAGAAGGACAUAUUGGCCGCAAGGUACAAAGAAAAUCUGGAAGAGCAAGAGGUGCAUUUUCAGAUACAACAGAAAACAUUUGCGGAGCGUUUUGAAGGAGAGAAAUCGAUGCUUAUUGCAGAGCAAAAGAAACGUGACCGAGAAACAAGUGUGAUGAUAAAACAAAUGGAAUUACAUUUUCAAAAAGAAACGGAAAAAGUAAAAGAGCAACACAAUAUUGCUAAGAGGAAUUUCGAGGAAUCCUUAAGAAAAGAAUGGUUCACGUGGACAGAUAAUUAUAAAAAAGAACAAAGCGCGACUUUCACAAGAGCGGAGACUGCAAUUCGUAACGAUUGUCAAAAAGAAAGAGACAAACAAAUAGAGAUCGUUAUAGUUAGAUUGGAAAAAGAAUCUCGUGAAAUGCGAGCUAAGUUGCAGCAAAGUUUCGAUAAUCAAAUGGAGCUAAUAAAUGAAGACUAUGACGCAAAAUUGCAAGCUGCAAUUAAAAGCGAAGAUAUUUAUAAAAAUAAGUUAUUAUUAUUGGAAGAGAGACUUAAAUGUACAGAAAUCCAAUUUGAAAAAACAGAAAAUAAAUUAAAAGAAUGCAUAUCGAAUCUCAAUAAUAUGAAUAAAAUAAUUAUAAAGUUGACUACAGAGAGAGACGAUGCAAAAGAGAUAGCGAAACAGGAAAUUGAGACAGAGAAAAAAGAGUUAAAAGACAAAAUCACAUCGCUUUAUCGAGAAAUAAGACAGAAUAAUGUUAACAGCGAUCAACUUAUGGCACAAUUACACAGCAGGAUAAAAUUUGUAAUUACUCAAAAGAUUUUAAUUAUAAAGAAUCUCAAUAAAAAACUGGAUAACGCUAAUUCAAGAUGCGAACAUUUGGAAAAAUUGCUGGAUCAACAAAGAAAGGAAUAUAUUUUGAAGACUGUGUAA